AUGGAGCUGGUGAAGGGGCAAGAUCCCUACCUGCACGAGCUGCUGCGGUUUGCUGUGUGCUGCAGAGCCCUGACCCUCCUGCUGCAGGCUCUGUUUAACCUCCUGAUCCCAGAUCACGCUGCAGAUGCCUUCUCUCCCCCUCGCCUGGUUGAGCCAGGCUUUUGUGACCUGCUCCUGGAAGGGCUUUUGGGAGGCCUCUCGCGCUGGGACGCAGAGCACUUCUUGUUCAUCGCCGAGCGAGGCUACGUGUACGAGCACAACUUUGCCUUCUUUCCAGUGUUCCCCCUGAGCGUCCGUGCUGCAGCAGAAGUUGUCCUGUGGCCCCUGCAGCGGCUGCUGCGUUUGCGGAGCCGCCUGCUGCUCUCAGCUGCUCUCCUUAAUUCUCUCUUUUCUGUCCUGGCAGCAGCUGCCCUGUACAAGCUGGGCUGUGCCGUGCUGCGGUGUCGCCGCGUGGCCUUCCUUGCGGCCCUUCUGUUUUGUAUUAGCCCUGCCAAUGUGUUUAUGGCAGCUGCUUACUCCGAGAGCAUGUUUGCCUUCCUGGCAUUCAGUGCCAUGUGGCACCUGGAGAAGGGGCAGAGCUGGCACAGUGGGCUGCUCUUCUCCCUUGCGUCGGGCGUGCGGGCCAACGGGCUCGUCAACAUUGGCUUCUUUGCCUAUUCCCGCAGUAAAUGCUUUGCCCUCCAGCUCCAGGUGGGUCCGGGAUUGGUAAGGAAGCUCCCUACAUUGUGGAGGAAACUCCUUAGCUUGGCAUCUUCAGUCAUCUUCACGUGUGCUGGGAUCUUCCUGCCGUUCGUGUUGUUUCAGUAUUACGCUCACAUGACGUUCUGUGUUCCUGGCACUGGCCUGUCGCAGAACAUUCCCAAGCCGCUGCUACAGCUGGCUCUGGACAAGGACUAUCGUCUAGCUGCUGUGGAUAGGCUUAAGCCCCCUUGGUGUUCCCAGCACUUCCCUGUGCUCUAUUCCUACAUUCAGGAGGCUUACUGGAAUGUGGGCUUUCUGAGGUAUUAUGAGCUCAGACAGGUGCCAAAUUUCUUGCUUGCUUUGCCUGUCACAAUUCUGGGCUUAUGGGCUGCCUGGACCUACCUCACUGCAAACCCUCGGCACUGCCUAACUCUUGGUCUAGAGAGGAGAAGGAAUGAAGAAGAACAAGGAGAGGAUAAACCAGGAACUGGAUUUUGCUGCCCCGCUGUCUUGGUGUACGUGGUCCACGCCACAGUCCUGCUGCUGUUCGGAGUCUUCUGCAUGCACGUGCAGGUUCUGACCAGGUUCCUUGGCUCCUCCACGCCGAUCCUGUACUGGUUUUCUGCUCACCUGCUUCAAGAACAUGAACCUUUGCUCUGGAGUGAAGGGACUGAUAAAGAAACCAGAGCAUCCCUCUCUGAGAAGUCUGUUUUAGGUAACUCUCUUGCUGGCUCCUGUGAGAAAGGGAUUUCUGAAAACCCCGUUGUGAGGUUACUGCGCAACUAUAGAUUAAACACCCCUAUGACCAAAUGCAUCCUCGGAUACUUCCUGUCCUACUGGCUACUGGGACUCGUUUUGCACUGUAAUUUCUUGCCUUGGACAUAGUUAGCAAUUGG